AUGGAUGUCCAUAUUCAAUAUAUUGUUGCCAAUGGUGCUGGUUGUUUGAGUCUGGUGGCAAAUAUUGUCAGUGGAUAUUGUCCGACGACAGGAGCUGACUAUUCGCUCUAUACUAUUAAUAUUACGAAUCUUCUCGAUUGGAGUGUUACACCGGUGGCGGCGCAAGUAUACGACGGUGUCGUAAGCACCGUUGUCUACCAACUCCAAGACAAUCUUCAGUACACAAUUCAAUAUACAGAUUCAAACAAUUGCACCAACUCCACCCAAUUCCUCUACACCUCAGUCCAGCUGAAUUUGACACAACCACUCUGUAGAUAUUCCGUGGGAUCGGUCAGUGUUCUCGGACUGAAAAAUUCCAACGAUAAAUUCUAUUUGAAUGGCGUACUACUCGAUAAUAAUAAUGGACCGGUGCAAGUCAGCAAUGUCGGUUGGAAUACACUGGCGAUUGGUAAAUGCGAAAAAGUAUUCCAAAUGACACCUAUCUCCUCGAAUAUUCCAGCGUAUCAUAUAACACCAUACACUUACACCAAUGAAGAUGCUUCCAUUGUCGUGAGAAACGGUGAUCAGUAUCAAUCGAUCGUGCUGGUUGGACAUCCUGAAUACAAUAUCAGCGCAUCCACUCAAUACAGAGCGAAUAACUUGCUACCCGGCCAAUACACUCUGGAGUUGGUUUCAGCGGUAUGUGGUAUCGAGCGUAUUCCAUUUGAACUUCAAACGAUCGACCGACAGUAUCCAACGAUUGCAUUCGAAGCGGUAGCUACCACUCUCGAUGGUUAUAUGAACGUAACCAAUGCAACGAUACUCAACACCAACCUGGUAAACCCAACACUAUCAUUCACUGUGAAUGGUAGCAGUCUUCUAUUUCCAAAUUUACCAGCAAUCAAUGUAAAUCAAUUAACAGCAAAGUAUCAAAGUGAAAAUCUUACAUUUUCUCAAUCAUUAAAAUUACCUGUUGCAAACUUUGACUAUACACCAAUUAGCUAUGAAUUUACAAAUCCAAAUACAGAUAUAUGUGUAGAUAAAGUUUUUAAUAUCACUAUAAGUCAGGGUGUCAACAAACCUUCGAUCCCACUUAACUAUGUGUAUGGCCAAACCACUAAAUAUCCAAACAAUGUUUACCAAAUUCAGGCAGACAAAUUAAUGACAAUGAACUAUGGUCUGUCAGAACAGAUCGGUAGUCUAAAUAUCUCUGGUGAAGAGCCAAAGUUGAUCUUUGAAGACUUGCCUUACCUCAACUGUAUGUACAAUACCUCUUUAUUUAUUCCAAACUUUUUGCACUUCAAAGUACUGCGUGUUUUCGUGAAUAUCCGUGAUCCCACCAAUCCUUCCUACACCGAAUACUCAUUGUCAAACUAUGGACUCAUCUCGAGGAUGCCAAGAGGUGUCGAUGGAUACGUAUUGUAUCAGAACAGUGAUUGUCAAAACUACAACUAUUUGAGAAGAAAGAAUUUCACAUUCGACAACUUCCCUUUGAAUCCCUUUGACUUUUUGGUAAAGCACGUCAUUGAACGACCAGCAUCAUGUGCACAAAACGGUAGUGCACAUGCCGAAUUUUACUACAAUCCAUUGCAAACCACCUAUAUUACACCAUCAAUUGAAUAUAGAGCAGGAGAUCUAUUGGAAUUCCAAUUCAAAUCACCCAACAAUAUUUUUGGUUGUACAAUUCCUUCAGUUAAAUACCCAACACCAAUACCGCCAAUGUAUAAACCAAGUUUUAGUUUCUCUGCUAGUCAAACAGGUUGUUAUGAUUUAUUGACAAAAGUUCAGAUGACAACCGCCUUGAAAAUAAAGAAAGUUGAAUCUGGAAUUAUACAGGUUGGUGUCAAUAAUAAUACUAUUGUGGUGAGAAGUGACGAUGCUCUGGAUCUCAAGAUUGUUUAUACCGAUGACUAUUCAAGUUAUUGUACAUUCACUGGUAGGAUUCAAGUUCCAGUUUUAAAGGUGGAUCCUGACUUCCAGUACACUAUGGUUACACCACCAUGUUUUGCCACGACCGGUUCAAUCAAUGUAAAGAACUAUCAGAACUACUCCUACAUCAAGCUGGGAAGUGCAAAUGCAGUCAACGGUAGUUUCACAGGUUUGGAUGCUUCCUCCAAGAAAAUAGAUUACAAACGAAACAACUCGGCUUGUAUCAACUCUGCCAUUGUCUAUUUCGAUGUUCCACCAGCAACAGCCAAUCUCGUUAAAGUCCGCGAUGGAUCCUGUAUUAACAAUAAUCUUGCGCUGGUAGAUUCAAUUGCGCUGGUAUCGUUGAAAUUCGACAAUGGUACAUCACCUCCAAUAACAGAUAUCUACUCGAAUGGUGCAAUCGUUCGUUAUAACGUCACCAACAACUUUGUCACCGGUCUAUAUCCUGAUAACUUUGUAAUCGUCAACUAUGGAAAGUGUCAAUAUCGGACAUCGAUAAACAUUCCUAUGUACACUGGACCAAUUGUAACCUACACUGUGGAGCAACCAACUUGUUUGGUUCAGUACGCAACCAUUCACUUAAAAUCAGCAUACGAAGGAAUCAACCUGGAUUCUGCCAAAGUUGAACUUAUCACCAGUGCAUCCACCGUUAUUCCAGUAUCAUCAUCCUAUAUCAUAAUUCAAAUAUCUGCACCAUCGAUCCCCAUGAAUGCAAGAAUUCUAUACUCAUGGAAUGGUGGUUGUAAUGACAACUUUUAUAUCUCUGUUUUUUCAACUCAUCAAAUGAGUAGCUAUAUUUUGAAGGACAAUGGACAACUUAGUAAUGUACCGGCUGGUCCACUGACUAUCAACUAUGAACAUAGAGCAACAUCCUGUUCUUCAUCAGCAAUAUAUGUGGAUAAUGGAUAUACUGGUACUACUUUAGACACCUCCAAUGUCGUUGUUCAUCAUGAAUCAUGUCUUGGAAGUUAUGAUGGUAGCAUUGUGAUACCAAAUUCUCCAACUGGAGAAUCCUAUCGUUUAUUGGAGAAAGGAAGUAACUCACUCAUUCAAACUCAUGUCAAUGGUACUCACACCCGAUUCUACUCACUGACCACCGGAAACUACACGCUCACUCGACUCACCAAUCCAUUCUGCUACGAGUAUGCCACCAUUGAAAUUGUUUCAACCGAACCAGAGUUGCAAUGGGACUACUCAACCUAUGUGUGUCCAAGAGCUGGCAACGGUUAUAUUACACCGGUGCUGAACGGAAACUUCAUAUUCCUCAAUUUCUCGCUUAGAGUGGUACCUACUCAAGACUACCAAUAUUCAAGCACAGGAUUCACCGAUCUCAAAGCCGAUCUCUACGAAGUGCGAGGAGUAAUCAACGACAGAAUAUGUCAACGUAAUCUCAAACCACGAAGUCUCGAGAUAAAGACAAUGGAUUUCCAACCGUCACUCGAUUUCCCAGAUUGUGAAGUACUUAAAGCGACAGCCAACUUCCCAUUCAAACUAGGAAUCUACAAUAUCGAAGCAGAGUCAACCGUUUUCAACUCGUCGUUGGUCGACGAGUACAUUCAGUUACCACUGACCAGUGGAAGAUAUAUUGUUUACUUUGUUUCAAACAUCAGCUGUGGAUAUCAAGUGACGAUGCAAAUGGAUCGUUGUCCAGGAUCAGCACAAGCAAGAAAAAACAGGAAUCUAGCGAUUGGACUUGGUGUUGGAAUUGGUGGAGCUGCCGUAAUAGGAGCUGCCGUUGCCUACAUUUUCUACAGAAAGCGAGAAAUGUCUAGCGAUAUAAACUCAUCUCAAAAUUUCAAGCCCGUCAGUGUACCAAUGGAAACAAUAGUAAUACCAAAUAAAUAA